GCUGCAGCGGGACCGCGGGCAGGGACGAACCCGGGGGGCGGCCGGGGAGGUCCAGGGGUGGCGGCGGCGCCCGGGGCCGGCGGGGGAGCGGGAGGGAGGGAGGGCGGCAGGGGUGUGCGGCGUGGGGGAUUAGUGGGACGCCGCGGCCCCGCCUUCCCCCUUCGCAUCCCGGGCGCGAUGAGAGGGGGAGAUGGACCCGAGCCGGCGGGACUGGCACCAUGACAUUCGCCGGCUUCGUGGUGGCGCUGGUGAUCGGGACGAUCCCCGGCGCCCGCGGGCUGGGGCAGGUCCCCGCCAGCCUCCCGGCCGCCCGCCACCCGCAGCUCCCCGCCCCGGCCCCGCCGCCGACCCCCGCCGGCUGCCCCGCCGGGGGCUUGCCCGUGGCCCGGCGCCCCUGGCCACCGGCGGCGGCCACCCUCCCGCGGCGGGGGACGUCGGGCCGGGCGCCGCGGGGCCGCCGCAGCUCCUGCGCCCUCGGGAGCGGCCGGGGCCGGGCGGAGCGGGGCCGCCCUGACUGCGAGCGAGGGUCAGUGAGACUCCAGGGUGGCAAGAAUGAGUUUGAAGGUACAGUGGAGGUUUAUUUGAAUGGAAUCUGGGGAACAAUCUGUGGGAGCCAUUGGGACAAUAAUGAUGCAACAGUCAUAUGUCGACAGCUUGCGCUUGGUGAAAAAGGUACAGCAAAACACAUACCAUUUUCUGGACUGGGCCUUAUUCCUGUUUACUGGAGUGAAGUGCGUUGUCGUGGUGAUGAAGAAAGUAUACUGUUAUGUGAAAAAGACAUCUGGCAAGAUGGAACAUGUCCUCAAAAAAUGGCAGCUGCUGUCACAUGUAGCUCUUCUCUGGCCCCUGGCUUUACUCCGAUCCGUCUGGCUGGUGGGAACAACGCUCAUGAAGGAAGAGUAGAAGUCUACCAUGCUGGCCAGUGGGGGACUGUCUGUGAUGAUCAGUGGGAUGAUGCAGAUGCUGAAGUUGUCUGUCGGCAGCUUGGCCUUGGGGGUGUUGCCAAGGCGUGGAGCCAGGCUCACUUUGGGGAAGGCUCAGGCCCCGUGUUGCUCGAUGAAGUGCGGUGCACGGGAAAUGAACUAUCCAUAGAACAGUGUCCAAAAAGCUCAUGGCGAGAACACAACUGCGGCCACAAAGAAGAUGCUGGCGUUUCCUGCAGGCCUCUCACAGAUGGUGCAUUAAGACUAACAAGUGGGAAAGGCAGUCAUGAGGGACGCCUGGAGGUCUAUUAUACUGGGCAGUGGGGCACAGUCUGCGAUGAUGGGUGGACAGAGCUGAAUACACAGGUGGUUUGCCGGCAGCUGGGAUUUAAGUAUGGAAAAAGUGCACCCGAGAGCUACUCAGAAGGAAGCUCUGGGCCCAUCUGGUUGGAUGAUGUCAGCUGCUCGGGGAAGGAGACAAACCUUCUGCAGUGCUCAAGGAGAGAGUGGGGAAAGCAUGACUGCAACCAUCAGGAGGAUGUCAGACUCAUUUGCCAUCCAGAUCACGACAGCCACAAACUCUCACUUGGUCCUCCCAUCAGGCUGAUGGAUGGUGAGAAUAAGAAGGAAGGACGUGUAGAGAUUUUUAUCAAUGGCCAGUGGGGCACAAUUUGUGAUGAUGGAUGGUCUGAUAAGGAUGCAGCUGUAGUCUGUCGACAGCUUGGCUACAAAGGUCCAGCUAGAGCAAGGACAAUGGCGUAUUUUGGGGAGGGCAAAGGCCCGAUCCAUGUGGAUAACGUGAAAUGUACAGGAAACGAAAGAUCCUUGGCAGACUGCAUUAAGCAGGACAUUGGGAUGCACAACUGCCGUCACAGCGAGGACGCGGGGGUGAUCUGUGACCACCUGAGCAAGAAGGCCCCUGGGAACAGCAAUAAAGAUUCUCUUGCUUCUGUUUGCGGACUGAGGUUACUACAUCGUCGACAAAAACGAAUAAUUGGUGGGAAAAAUUCUUUACGGGGCGGCUGGCCAUGGCAGGUUGCACUCCGACUGAAAUCUUCUCAUGGUGAUGGAAGACUCUUGUGUGGUGCUACUCUCAUCAGCAGCUGCUGGGUCCUCACUGCUGCACACUGCUUUAAAAGGUAUGGCAACAACACUCGGAACUAUGCUGUGCGAGUUGGAGACUAUCACACACUGGUACCAGAAGAGUACGAGGAAGAAAUUGGAGUCCAACAGAUUGUGAUGCAUAAAGACUACAGGCCUGACAGCAGUGACUACGACAUUGCACUGGUGAGGCUACAGGGGCCAGAGGAACAGUGUGCCAGAUUCAGUACCCAUGUCUUACCUGCUUGUUUGCCAUUAAGGAGAGAGAGACCACAGAAAACUGCUCCCAACUGUUACAUCACCGGAUGGGGUGACACAGGAAGGGCUUAUUCAAGAACAUUACAACAGGCUGCUAUCCCCUUACUUCCCAAGAGGGUAUGUGAAGAGCGUUACAAAAGAAGAUUCACAGGAAGAAUGCUCUGUGCUGGAAAUGUCCAGGAGCAGAAACGUGUUGAUAGCUGUCAAGGAGACAGUGGCGGACCACUGAUGUGUGAACGUCCAGGGGAAAGCUGGGUUGUGUAUGGUGUGACCUCCUGGGGCUACGGCUGUGGAGUGAAAGAUUCACCAGGUGUCUACACAAAAGUAUCAUCUUUUGUACCCUGGAUAAAAAGUGUGACCAAACUGUGAAUGUCCAUACUGAAAACCAAACUUUAUUAACAAAGUUUGAGGCAGGACAACUUGAACAGCAUAGACAGUGCACAGCUGGGGCCCACAGUGGGUGGAAACAGGCACAUUUUCCUGAUUCGUGUUUUUGUUAAACCCAAGCUGUAUACACACAGCCUUUCCAGUUAGGGAUUACUAUCCAAACAAAACCCCUCUGUGUUAAGGAAGUUUAUAUAUUGCAUGAACAAGUUACAAUGUAUCUAAGAUAAGGAGAAAAGUGAUAGCCAGCUUAGAGUAACACUGGAGCAGGACAGCUGGAGAGUUCACCCUGAGAUUCACUGCCCACAGGGAGACUCUAGUAGCUCCAAGCUUCCCUAGAAUUAGUUACAGACCUUAGUCUAGUUUAUUUAAUCAGUUCUUGACUGUUUUCCUAUUAUUCCUACGAUCUUACUACGCUCAGCCCUUAAUUUUGACUUAUGUUUCAUUAGCUAAUGAGACCAUUAGCAGGUUGAUUUUUGGGAAGUAAUUCCCAGUAUUAAACAUUAGAAGGAAAAUAAUUGUCACUGUAUUAUCAGAUGUUCAGCUAUUCUGGCAAUUCUCUCAGCUUAGUGCACAAAGUACAUUCCCAAGUAAAACAGGCAGUACACUGGAAAUUAGUUGCCCUGCAAACAUCCUGCACAGCCGCAAGAGCUACAUCAAAAACAAAUGACCUCUUAUUUUCUUUCCUCUAGAUAAAUAUCAUUUGUCUUCUUUCCGAAACUCAUAAUUUUUAGUACAUACAGCAUUUCAGAGAGAAUUUACUUUUCCUAUUUGCCACUAGCUGUCAGUACUGCAUCAGACAAACAUCCCAAUUCUCUCAUUGCUGGUUUUGGAGUGGCUUUACUCAAGUAACACUAAGAGCUUCUGUCAAUCUUACAAGAGAAAGUUAUAAGUACAUGCAAUGCAAAUACUGGAGAUGUUGACUCAAAACCUGUCUGGAAAGAUCUAUAAAGUCUUAAACUACUAUUUUUUACAAGACGAUAUUUAGACAAUUCUCUCCUGCUUAGUUGCAACACUGGUUUAGACUGAUCUGACAGUAAAGCUGAGAGCUAGUUAGUUUGCAGCGACUUCUGAAGAAUUGCUGUAUUUUAAUUCCAUUUAAUUCCUUUUACAGAUACUGUCUCCCACACUAUGAAAACAUUAAUGGUUUAUUAUAAAAAUGCACUGAUAAAAAAAGUUACUCUUGAUGUACACGACAAAUACAAACCAACUUACUAUCCUUUUAGAAGGGGCCACCCCACUGCUUACCACUCAUCACACAAGCAGUAAUCACCAUCUUAGGGCGACACUAAUGAGCAUGGGGCUUGAAAAUACCCGAGAUUAACCACAGUCAAGAGGGAGACAGGAAAGUUCAGCGCUACCUCUACAACCCCUGCUGAAGGCAAUUCUGACUAUCUGCAAGUAUGCUCUACCUACUACAUUAACAAACAUGCUUCUUAAAAAGAAGGAAUGAAAGCUCUGUGGGCCUUGGAACACUCCAGUAUGACAAGCGUGGCAGAUGUACGUCACCACAUUGUGAUUGUGCAAACUGUGACUAACAGUGACUGUUAUCCUGUUUCCUAUCCCCAAACACUCUGUCUACCACAGUGUUGUGUGGCCUUUUGUGAACAAAGUGGGAUGCUUGUAUUCAUGUUGUAAGUGGACAAUCGUUCCUUUUUGUAUGGUUCUGUGUCUCUCUGGUGUUGUAACAAAUAUCCAAUCCAAUUCAACUUGCAUACAAAAGCAGCAGCGAUGUUGCAGAAGCCCAUGAGAUUGAUGACUUGGACAUUAAUUUCUCUCUGACCUCAAACUUAAGUUUUCAAGGGUCACUAGUUUAAAUAUCUUGUUGGAACCGGUGCUAAACUAGUACAUGAGGUGCUUUAAUAUAUUUUAGUUUUCUCUAAUUCCACAGUAUUUGAAAUAGUGUGAAAAAUUUUAUUUAAAAACAUGUAAAAAGUCAUUGUACCGUGACCACCUACUGUUAGACCUACGUGAAACACUCGGCUAGUGAACUUUAAGACCAUUUAUGUUUUUACUUAUUAUACGUAGCCCUUUUAAUUAAAGGGGAAGUAAAUCUGUCAAAAUAUCUCUCCUUGUACCUUGUAUAGCUUUGCUACACAAGACCCAUUAUUUUGAGACUCAUGGUGAAGUAGGCUAUAUAGUGCAAUACAUGUGUUGUGUACAGGGGAAAUAGUUUUCUUUUAGAAGUUGCACCACAGAAAUACAAUACUUGUGGGGAAAAAAAUAAUCAAGUCUGUAUAGUAAAUGUAGUAAACGUUUUGGUUUAGUACAGUAGUUCUGCUCUUUUAAUAGGAUGCUUUAUUAGACUUUAAAAUGUUGCACUAUCAUUUCCAUGCAGAAAGCAUGCCUUUUCAGUUUCUAACAUAAAAUUGUCUUUGUCAUGCCAUUCUAAUUUUUGUUCAAUGAGCCUGAUGAUGUAACUGUAUACAGUAAAAACUGCCACACUGACUACAACUUUUAUGUGUUAAUCCUCUGUAUAAUGUACAAGCACAUGCUGCAGGAACAUCAGCUGGGGAAACUUCAUGCGAGCUUUCUUAAGUGAAAAAGGGUGCUCUUGAAAAUAUUUUCUUCAAAACAUGUAA